AUGAUCGCUCCUCAGGCCGAGGAAAGCCAUGGCGACCUCGAUAAGACCCGUAGAAAUAACUUGCGCGGACAUGUCCAGUUUGCUGCUGUCUGGUGGACAAAAUGUCUGAACGGAUGGAAUGAUGGCACCUCUGGAGCACUGUUACCCAGGAUGCAGGCGGUGUAUCAUGUCAACUUUGUUGUCGUUUCUCUUAUCUUCGUAAUGGCUUGUCUGGGAUUCGUAGUUGGAGCCCUUAUAAAUGUCCCAUUGUUGGACAGGAUCGGGUUUGGUAAAGUUCUCGUUAUCGGCGCGUUCUGCCAGGUCGUCGUUUACGCUUUGCAGUCAGCAGCACUGCCCUUCCCAGCGUUUGUAGUCACAUUCGCAAUUAACGGAGUGGGUAUCGCUUUGCAAGACGCCCAGGUCACAAGUUAUGUCGCGAGCCUCAAAGACCACCCUGAUAUCAAGAUGAUGAUCCUCCAGGCCGCGUACGGUGCUGGUGCGUUAACAGCCCCGCUGGUCGCCACCCAGUUCUCACAAAUGGCCCAUUGGUCUUACUUCUACCUCGUAUCCUUGGGAAUCGCCGUGACAAACCUCAUAGUCCUGUGGAGCGUUUUCCGAUUGAAGCCGCUGGAAGCCUGUUUCGCGCAAAUCGGCCAGCUGCCUGAAGAGCACCAUCGUGAUACCGGAAGAAGCGGCCACAACAAGAUGCGCCAAUUCCUCGGGAUGAAAACUGUGCAUAUGCUGGCCGCUUUUGCUCUUGUGUAUGUCGGUACUGAAGUAACGAUUGGAGGCUGGAUUGUCACUUUCAUUGAGCAGGUACGCGGGGGAGGCGCCUCGUCUGGUUACAUUUCGUCCGGUUUCUUUGGCGGGCUGAUGUUGGGACGACUCGGCCUUGUAUGGGUUAAUCAGAAGCUGGGCGAUCGUAUCUCGCUGUAUCUGUAUUCUUGCAUUGCCAUUGGCCUGGAACUCGUCGUAUGGUUCGUACCCUCUCUCAUAGGAGGUGCCGUUGCGGUCUCUCUCGUAGGGUUCGUGCUCGGACCGAUGUACCCCAUUCUGAUGAAUCAUACUGGGCGCAUCCUUCCUCGAUGGUUACUAUCUGGCUCUAUCGGCUGGAUCGCGGGCCUAGGUCAGGCAGGCAGUGCGCUUUUUCCCUUCAUGACUGGAGCCGUCGCGAACAAGGCAGGGAUUGAAAGCCUACAACCGAUGCUCCUAGGAUUUCUGGGUUUGAUGAUCGGUCUCUGGACAUUGGUCCCAAAAGAUGUGAGAAGGCCAGAUUGA